UCUUCUUCUUCUUCUUCUCAUUCUCAGAGAGAGAGAGAGAGAGAGAGAGAGAGAGAGAGAGCGCUAAUGGAGGUCUUCUACUACAUGGUGUUUGGCUUCCUUGCUCUCAUUGUGGCGCUGCUGGAGCUCAGCAAGACGGCUAAGGAUCGGAUUGCAACCUCCUCGGCGUUCAAUUCCUUCAAGAACAACUAUCUCCUUGUUUACUCUCUCAUGAUGGCUGGAGAUUGGCUGCAAGGUCCUUAUGUCUACUUCCUCUACAGCCAGUAUGGUUUUGAUAAAGGGGAUAUAGGUCGCCUCUUCAUUGCUGGAUUUGGAUCUUCCAUGUUGUUUGGAACCAUUGUGGGAUCGCUGGCUGAUAAACAGGGCCGGAGGAGAGCUUGUGUCACCUACUGCAUCACUUACAUUUUGAGUUGCAUCACCAAGCACUCCCCAGAGUAUAAGGUGUUGAUGCUUGGUCGGAUAUUGGGCGGCAUUGCUACAUCUCUCUUGUUCUCUGCCUUUGAAUCUUGGCUCGUCGCAGAGCACAAUAAGAGAGGGUUUGAACCUCAAUGGCUGUCUUUGACUUUCUCCAAAGCUAUCUUUUUAGGCAACGGUCUGAUAGCCAUUGUCUCUGGGCUCUUUGCUAACUUAUUGGCUGAUAACUUGGGAUUUGGGCCUGUGGCUCCCUUUGAUGCUGCUGCAUGCCUCCUUGCAAUUGGCAUGGCAAUCAUACUAUCAACAUGGGGUGAGAACUAUGGAGAUCCUUCUGAUAGCAAAGGUUUGCUUACUCAAUUCAAGGGUGCUGCUGUUGCCAUUGCCUCUGACGAGAAGAUUGCAUUGCUUGGAGCCAUACAAUCAUUGUUUGAGGGAUCCAUGUACACUUUCGUGUUUCUGUGGACUCCUGCUCUUAGCCCCAAUGACGAAGACAUACCCCAUGGCUUUAUUUUUGCUACCUUCAUGUUAUCUUCAAUGCUGGGGAGCUCCAUUGCUUCUAGGCUGAUGGCUCGACCAGCGCUUAAAGUUGAAGCAUACAUGCAGAUCGUAUUUGCAGUCUCUGCAGUCACUCUUCUACUUCCAAUCAUUACAAAUUUCCUAGUAACACCAUCGUCCGUCAAAGGUGGGGGCAUCUCAUUUGGUGGAAGUAUCCUUAUAUUUGGUUUUUGUACCUUUGAAGCUUGUGUGGGAAUAUUUUGGCCAUCUAUUAUGAAGAUGAGAUCUCAGUAUAUUCCUGAGGAAGCUAGGAGCACAAUCAUGAACUUCUUCCGCAUUCCCCUCAAUAUAUUUGUGUGUGUUGUUCUGUACAACGUGAAUGCGUUUCCAAUCACAGUCAUGUUCGGCAUGUGCUCUAUUUUCCUUUUCAUGGCCUCAAUACUGCAAAGGCGAUUGAUGGUGGUUGCUGAGAGUCACAAAUCAAAACCACAAGAUUGGACCGCAUUGAGGACGCAAGAUGAGGAAGCAGAAGCAUUGAAUAUCUGAAGAAGAAGAAGAUUAAGAAGACCAGGCCAUACCCGGUGUCUUAAUCUCAUUUACAAUUAUCGGUUAUCUAAUCUAAUACAUAACAUGAAAGCAUGCUGUUUUUAUUGGGAAUGGAUGGAUGUUAAACUGCAUCCAUCCUUGGAUACAACAAAUAUCACCAAUAUCAGCUUUUUGCAGAUUCAGAUGUUAUUUCCAAGUUUUGUGAAGAGCUAGUUUAUGCCAAAAGAUAUGCCUGACAUAUGUUGUCUAUGUUUAGUGGUAGUCUCAUGAUUUGAUAUGCAUUGUAAUUGCCUUCAUUUUUCUUGUAAUUUCUUGCCAGAAUUAAACCUAUGGUGCUGUUUUUUCUCUCUUUUUUUAAUUCUUUUUUUAAAA